GUUGGUCAGUCUCUUUGGCUUCAAAUUGAUGUUCAGUUUGAGACUCGAGCCUGGUGUUGGUCCUGUUUUCUUUGAUUCAAACUUCACUUGAAGGUUCACUUGCAUGGUGAGAUGCCUAUCAUGAAUAUCGGACAUGUAUCCAUGGCCCAUCGAGAGGUCUUACAACGUUUUUACAUCACUGAUGCAAAUGUCACAUAUGACUACUAUGUUUCUAAAAGAAUAAUGACACUUACCUUUUCAUAUGUGACUUUUCCUAGGCAUAGGACGUGUGCCAAUAUACACGCACCAGACAAAACUCUAGCGAAUUCAUAGAAUACCUGGUAAUAAAUUUUGAGGCCCUUUAAAACGUCAAGUAACCUGAAGGCAUCA